UUCAGUACCCUUUUUGGCGUUGCUUUUAUAGGAGUCAACAAUUUUAAUGAUACUUUGGGACUGUAAACUCAUAUAAUUCUCUAGCCAGCAGUUGGCUAGCUUGCUAGCCGUGUUGAGACCUGCUGGUUAGCUGAGAGUAUUGCUGGCUGAAGAGCCAAGUAAGCUAGCAAGCUGUUUGAGUUCGGAUUGCCUCAAGAAACAGCUAACUAAUCCGCGUUCUUUAAUCCUGUGGUAUUGCGUUUUAAAGGAAGAUGAAGAUAACGGUUGAUUUUGAGGAAUGCCUCAAAGACUCUCCAAGAUUCAGGGCCACAAUAGAGGAGGUGGAGAGUGACGUUUGCGAGCUGGAGACCAAACUAGACAAGUUGGUGAAGCUAUGUAUUGGCAUGAUAGAUGCUGGAAAGGCAUAUAACACGGCCACCAAGCAGUUUGUGACUGGCAUCAGAGAGCUAGCACAACAGUCAAAUAAAGAUGAAGUUAUUGAGUCGAGCCUUUGCAAGUUUGCAGAGAGUCUGCAGGAGAUGAUCAACUAUCACACAAUUUUGUUUGACCAAGCCCAGCGAUCAAUCAAGUCACAGCUUCAGACGUUUAUGAAGGAGGAUCUGCGUAAAUUCAAGGAGGCUAAGAAGCAGUUUGAUAAAGUGAGCGAGGAGAAAGAAGCAGCUCUUACUAAAAAUGCACAGGCCCCACGCAACAAACCGCACGAGGUAGAGGAGGCCACCAACAUCUUAACAGCCACGCGCAAAUGCUUCCGUCAUAUCGUCUUAGACUACGUCCUUCAGAUCAAUGUACUCCAGUCCAAGAGAAGAUCAGAGAUCCUCAAAUCAAUGCUGUCGUUCAUGUAUGCCCAUCUGACGUUCUUCCAUCAAGGCUAUGACCUGUUCAGCGAACUGCAGCCCCUCAUGAAACAGCUUGGGGGACAGUUGGACCAGCUGGUGGUGGAUGCAGCAAAAGAGAAGAGGGAUAUGGAACUGAAGCACUCCACAAUUCAGCAAAAGGACUUUUCGAAUGACGACACCAAGCUGGAGUACAAUGUGGACGCAGACAAUGGAAUUGUCAUGGAGGGCUAUCUGUUCAAGAGGGCCAGCAAUGCCUUCAAAACGUGGAAUAGACGCUGGUUCUCAAUUCAAAACAAUCAGCUAGUUUACCAGAAGAAGUUUAAGGAUGUCCCCACGGUGGUGGUGGAGGACCUGCGACUGUGCACGGUCAAACACUGCGAGGACAUCGAACGCCGCUUUUGCUUUGAAGUUGUCUCACCAACAAAGAGCUGUAUGAUGCAGGCGGACUCAGAGAAACUGAGGCAGGCCUGGAUCAAAGCAGUGCAGAACAGCAUAGCCACUGCGUUCCGAGAGGAUACAGAGAAGCUGGACCGGAAGUCGUCCACGUCGACGGGCAGUCUGGACUCGGGUGGUGAGCCCAGAGAGAAGAGUCUGAAAGGAGAGAGCGCUCUCCAGAAAGUUCUGGCCAUUGCAGGAAACACAGUAUGCUGUGACUGUGGCCAACCUGACCCUCGCUGGGCUAGCAUUAACCUAGGCAUUACACUGUGCAUCCAGUGCUCUGGCAUCCACAGGAGUUUGGGCGUUCACUUCUCCAAGGUUAGAUCUCUGACAUUGGACACUUGGGAGCCAGAGCUGCUGAAGCUGAUGUGUGAGCUGGGGAAUGGAGUGAUAAAUCAGAUCUACGAGGCGCGGAGAGAGGAGCUGGGUGCCAGGAAACCACAGCCCGGUGACCCCAGACAUGAAAUCGAGGCCUACAUCAAAGCCAAGUACGUGGACCGGAGGUUCGUGCGACGGCCAUCAGACGACGAACUGAAGGUGAAGAUCGUGACCCUGAGCAAGCAGGAAAAGCGCCUGAGCGGCGGAUCAGAGCCCCCGCCUCCCAGGGCCCCGCCCUCCACGCCCAGAGCCCGCCCAGGUUCAGGCGCCUCAGGUGAGAACCCCAUGACUGACAUAGAGGAGGCCCAGCGCGAGACUCUCUUCCGUGCUGACGAGCUAAACUCUCUCUUCUCCUACUUUGACACCUCCUCUAAACUGCGGAGUAUAAAGAGCACAGACAGCGGCAUACAGAACAGUGCUGAAGGGAGCAGAGAGAUGCUGGCUGCCACUCCGUCCACCAACAGCCUGAAUGACACAGGUCAGUCACAUCUCCACACCUGUCCCUCCAGAGUUACCAGAGCUUCUCACUGUCCCAUGAAGGAGCUAGUGGUCUUCUCUGAGCCUAAAGAGUACUCUCCAGGCCUGCAGCUGUACUGGGCAUCCUGUGCCCGCAGUCUGCCCGACAUGGCUGAAGCCCUGGCCCAUGGAGCUCAGGUCAACUGGGUCAACCCAGAGGAGGAGAAGAGGACGCCCCUCAUUAUGGCCGUACACGGAGGCUCUCUGGUCACCUGUGAAUUCCUGCUCCAGAACGGAGCCAGUGUGAAUCAGCAGGACGCCCAGGGCCGAGGACCCCUCCAUCACGCUACUAUACUGGGCCAUACUGGGCAAGUGUGUUUAUUCCUGAAGAGAGGAGCCAAUCAGAAUGCAACAGACAUAGAGGAUAAAACACCACUCACUAUCGCGGUUGAAGCUGCUAAUGCUGACAUCGUAACGCUGCUGCGUCUGGCCAAGAUGAAUGAAGAGAUGCGGGAAGCAGAAGGUCCGUACUGUCAGUCAGGAGAUGAAACGUAUCAGGAUAUUUUCCAAGACUUUUCCCAGAUGGCAUCAAAUGAUCCAGACAAGCUGAACCGUUUCCAGCCCCGUGACUCACAGAAACACUGAGAAUAGGCUUCAAGUCCACAGCACAUCUAGAACCUUCCAGACGCCCUUAGCUCAGCGCAGAGACUCCGCUUCUUUCCCUUAAACUAUUGCAAAGUGUAUACAUCAGUACCACAAAAUCAUCUGACUUAUCCAUGUGGGAAGAUCUGAUUGGAGUCAAUUAACUGGUUAAAUGGGUGGGUUCCCAGGAUUUUCCAGAAUGUAUUUUAAAACAUUUCAAAUCUGACUGACCUUGAUAGUGAUCGUCUUACAGCAUAUAGAAGACACAAUACAGGAUUAAAAAUCAUCCCUUGCAUUUGUCAGCAGCUUCCAAUCAUAUAUUUGAGUUUGUCAAACAGUAGGUGAAUGAUAUUGUAUUUACAGUACCUCAAAAGUGUACUUGACAGUGUUUGUCUUAAAGUGCACAAGGUAAUUGACUAUUGACUGAGAUUCAAUGAUUAUUUUUUUAAUUAUAUUAAAAACUCGAGUUGAAAGAUCAUUCUGGAAGGUCAUGCAGACAUUCAUCUCAAAGUUUAUUUUAAACUUAAUAGGUUUGUUUUCCACUUAUGUAAAGUUUAUUUUCAUUUUAGAUCAUUAUAUAUUUUGACAUGU